AUGCCACCAAAGAAGAAGCAAAAGCUCGAAAGACUCGAAAAACUCGACAAACCUACUUGCUUACAUACCUGCAACAAGACUUCCUUUGCAAAAGCUUUCCUGCCAAACGACAUCUACUGCCAACGGCUUUUAGAUUACAUCGCCAUCAUCCAUCAACUCGCCGACCACGCUUCCCACGCGCUGAAAUUCUAUCUCCUUUCAUCAUCAGCGCCAGUUUUUCCCACAGUAAAUCAAGAGACGAUUGAAGCCAUCCUCUAUCUUCUCAACAAAGGUGAAUCAUGGCAACCAAAAACCGGUGCGAAGAAGGCGUUACGCGAAUCCUUGUUGCCAUACAUCCAACGGUACUGCAACAUCGUCGGCUUCGUUCAUCCAAAUCUACAAAAAGAGCAGCAAUCAGUCAAUUAUCUGACAGCGAGUAUGAUGACGAAUCUGAAGGUCAAUGUCCAGGAACACUUCAUGAUGAUGCUGCUCCGGUACAUUAAUCUGCGGCUUGAUGUGAAGGGACAGAAGCAGCGACUGCCACUGAAAAGCGAUGCGCGAAACGCUUUCUUUGCUCGUCUUCGCUACUUGAAGUCAAUUUUCCUUUUUGAUAUCGUGCCUGAGUCACUCGAUGACUUGACCGCUGAAGAGAGUGAGCUUCUAGAAGAGAUGUGGUCCUUCAUUCCCCUUUCCGACCAGCUGCUCGCAUAUUCAGUUGCUGUAGACCCUCUCGCCUUCUUCCCUGCUUAUUGUCAGUUGUCAAGCCUAUAUGAACAGCAUGGAUUCCGACAGUUCAGCGCAAUACCUCUGCGCCGCUCUCUCAUCCAAAGCCAUGUGCGGAUCGACACCGUCAUCCUCUACUCUCACGUUCUUUGCAUCACGCGACGAGAAGCGGAAACUGUUGAAAACGUCGAUUUAUGGUUGCGCGUCUGUAAUCUGCAGAACAAGGCUUUUAGAUCUCGUCAUGGAAUGUGUUUUGAAGGCUCGAUCACGACGGACGGAACCUCGGUGUCUGUAUACCUAAAGCACCCAGAAGCAGACAAGUAUGGAAAGCGCAGCGGAGGAAAAAAGUCAGCAAACACGAUGGAGGCAGAGGUUAAAGCGCUUUAUGUGGAGAAAAACUUACCUGCUUGUCGAGCAGCAGAGAAUGUCAUUGUUAUCGACCCAAACAAGCGUGACAUUCUCUACUGCCAAGACAGCAAUGGUACAGCGUUUCGCUACACCGCAAACCAGCGAGCCAUGGAGACAGGCAGCCGGCGAUUUGCAAAGAGACGAGAAGCAAUGAAGAAAGAAGCUGGAGUUGACCUCAUAGAAUCACGAAUACCAUCUCACAAGACGAUGAACCUCAUGGACUUUACUCGCUACCUUCUUGUUCGCCAUCAUGCAGAUUCGGAUCGUCGAAAGGAGUUCUACUCACAUCCUGCCCACACGCGGUGGAAGUGGCACUCUUUCAUCAAUCGGCAGCGAAGUGAAUCGGACCUCAUAAGCAACAUGCGCAACAAACCUCAUCAAGGACGAAAGGCUGGCGCACCCUCUUUAAGCGCAACAGGAUCAACUGCUUCCUUCUCGACGAGUACAAGACCUCAUCUGUUUGCCCUUGCUGUUCCUCUGGCGUUGAAAAAGGCUUCAAAACACGACCUCAUUCAAGACCUUGGCGGCGACGCGAAGGCAAGAUUGAAAAAGUCCACGGAUUGCUGGGUUGUACCAACCCUAACUGUUUGCAGCAAGCCUGGACGAUGCGCUACUGGAAUCGAGAUACGCUGA